AUGUCGGAUAAGAAAUUGUCAAAUAUUGUUUUAGUUAAACACCUUCCACCAGAGUUGAGCUUGAAAGAAAAACAAGAUUUGUUGAAAUGUUUUGGAGCAAACGAUGUCAGAGUCAUGUCAAGCAAGGGGCAGCUACGUAAUGCUGCGUUUGCGACAUUUUCAGACACAAAACAUGCUAGUGGUGCAAUAAAAAGACUCCACCAGUUGGAAGUGCUUGGUUAUGUAUUGUCAGCAGAACAUGCGAGAACUUGCCACAAACUACAAGCCAUGGAUGAAGUAGAAACAUCUGUAACAUCAAAACCCAGUGUUGCCAGUGAAAAAGAAUACACAAAACCAUUAAAGAAAUGUGCACACUGUAAAAGGCUGCCACCUAUAGCCCCACAUUUUGGAAUCGAAUAUUACACAAACCCUAAAUUGAAAUAUAAAUACCCCGAACCUAAUUCAGAUAUUCUGCUUAAUAUAUGCGGGGCCUUGCUUACUACGCCCAAGCUCUACACACAAGUCUUGCACCUAAUGAAUAAAAUGAACCUCUUUCCUCCCUUCACAACUGCAAUGAUCCCACCGAUUUUGCAGGAAAAGUUUUCCGAAAUUCCUAGAGACCAAACCAAAGUUUCUUUUGAUGCACAGUUGGACAAACAUGAUCCGUGUGAUAUGUCAGAAUCAGAAUCUGAGAUCGAGAGUGAAGAGAACGGGAAGGAAUUAGAUAUUCCACCACCAGAGCGAGUAAGAAAAUCAAAGAAGAGGAAAUUACCGAACCAAGUUCUUUCUACAUCUCCUAAGCGGAAGUUAUCAAUGUUAAAGACCGUCCUCUCAAACCAGGAUAACAUUGACAAAGUGUUACUACCGAAAUCUACAGCCUUUCCUGAAGAAAGUGAAGUGUCAGGUGUUCGUAAAACAAUCUCAAUGAAAGUACCUUUGAAAAUAAACGUUUUAAUUGACGAAACAAACACAGAAAGUUCUUCUGAAGGUUUCGGGAAAAUAAUUCCUUCUAAAAAUGAAGCACAAGAAGGUAAUAAAGUGGAGGGGGUUGAAACUAAUGUUGUGUUUGAUUUCAUCACUGAAAAACAGCUUGAAGAUGGGAGAUUAAGCUCCAAACAAAGAUCUGAUAAUUCCUUGUUUAAGGGUUAUAAACUAGGGGAGCCGUCAUGCAGGCUUUAUGUUAAAAACCUUCCGAAAAAAGCGACGGACAAAGACAUGAAGUUUAUUUUCGGGGCUUUUGUUGAUUUUUCCAACGAGGACGAAGCCAAGAUGUUUGAUGUUCGAGUUAUGACGCAGGGUAGGAUGAAGGGACAAGCCUUCAUCGGGAUGCCAAGUGUGGAUUCUGCAACUAAAGCUUUGCAAGCAACUAAUGGAUAUACCUUGAUUGGGAAACCAAUGAUAGUAAUGUAUGCGAGGUCCAAUAAGCCAAAGAAAGAAAAUUGA